AUGAGGAUGAAACUCUUCUUUUUUAGCAACAAAUUUCCCAAUGAUGAUUUGCCAGAUCUGCUCCGGCGCCUGCGGCUGCAUUCACAAUCGCCGGAGCAUGUCGUACUGCGCCGAGUUCUCGAGGAGACCACCCGGGUGGUCAGAGAGGAAAUCCGCCGUCUUCCACCCGAACUGAGAAGUCUUAUUCCCCCAUUUCAGUCUAUUCUCGACCUGGCUGAAAAUUACAACUGGCACAAGGGAUCUUUGUCCGGAGCUUUCGAGUGUGUCUUCUUGUGUCUUGUGCCACUAUGUCUCUUCGUUGGGAAUUACGAGAGCCGACCUCAUGAAUAUGGCUUCGAUGCCCAGAGAUCACUACUUACCGGGCUUGGGUUGGGCUUUCUGGCCGCCACGGCUAUCGUCGCAUCCCCCUCAUUGCUGGAUCUGCCCACCACUGCAGCCGAGGUCGUCCGGAUCGCUAUGAGAGCCGGUAUCUUACUCUAUCAAAAGUCCCAGGACCUGGAGCCGCAACGGCUGGACGGGCCACCGGAGAGUUGGACUACGGUUGUGAGGGGAUUGGACGAGAAGACGGUGCAAGAAAAGCUGGAGAUGUUCAACACCUCUAUGGAGAGCCCGCCGUCGAGCAAGGUUUACAUCAGUGUCGUGGAGCCAGAUGGCAGCGUGUUCGUCAGCGGUCCGCCAUCGCGACUGCGCAUGUUCUUUAACAAACCCGGAAAGGUUCAAUCGGCUCCUCGUGCCCCCUUGCCUGUGUACGGAGGACCCUGUCACGCAGCCCACCUGUACGACCGAACACACAGCGCGUGGGUAGUGAGCGAAGUCCACCCUGGCAUUGCCAGUCGACGUCUCUCGGGAGCUCCUCUUAUGCUGUCAAUGGGAGAUGGCCAACCGUUGGCGGGCGACUGUGUAGGAGAUCUUUUCGAAUCGGCCACAUAUGUGCUUCUGACUAGUAUAAUUCGCUGGAGCAGCGUUCUCGCUGCUGCCACAAAGUUUCCCCACUGGCGACAUGAUAUGAAGCUGCAGCUCGAGGCAUUCAGGCCAUCCUCACCGGUCGUCCAUGACUUGCUAUCUGCAGUGCACACAGGUUACCCCGAAUGCGAUGUCAGCGUAAAAGAUCUUGGCCAGUGGAUCUUGGACGAUAGCCUUAUCCCUCCAUCGAGCGCCGUCGACUCCAAGAUCGCUGUGGUAGGAAUGUCUUGUCGGUUGCCUGGGGGUUCGGAUGAUUUGCAGCGGUUCUGGGAGCUCCUCGAGGAUGGACGGGAUGUGCACCAGAAGGUUCCGGCCGACCGGUACGACGUCGAGAGCCAUACGGACAUUACUGGGAAACGACCAAACACGAGCCACACCCCGUUCGGCUGCUUCAUUGACAGCCCCGGACUCUUUGACGCCGGCUUCUUCGAUAUGUCCCCCCGUGAAGCAGGACAGACAGAUCCCACCCACCGCCUGGCACUGCUCACCGCAUACGAAGCGUUAGAGCAGUCUGGGUACGUGCCUGACCGCACCCGUUCAACCACCCGAGACCGAGUAGGGACCACCUACGGCCAAUGCUCUGACGACUACCGCGAAGCAAACGCCGGGCAGAGCAUCGACAUGUAUUUUAUACCAGGCAAUUAUCGGGCAUUUGCCCCCGGCCGGAUCAGUUACUUUUUUAAAUUCUCUGGCCCCAGCUUCAAUUGUGAUACAGCAUGUUCCGCCAGUUUAAGUGCGAUCCAGAUCGCCUGCACGGUGCUGUCCCGCGGGGAGGCCGACAUGGUUGUGGCCGGGGGAUUGAACGUCCUAACGGGAUCAGAUAGCUUUGCGGGCCUUAGCCAGGGCUUUUUCUUAUCCAAGACCGGAAACUGCAAGGUGUUCGAUGACAGCGCCGAUGGCUACUGUCGUGGCGAUGGGAUUGGAUCUAUAGUCCUUAAGCGCCUAUCCGAUGCGCAGCAAGACAAUGAUAACAUCCUUGGGGUAAUCCUGGGUACAGCUACCAACCACUCAUCCCAGGCCGUCUCCAUCACUCAUCCUCAUGCACCCACCCAGGAGCAGCUCUAUCGUUCCGUUCUUACGCAGGCCGGCAUUCGCCCGGACGAUGUGGACCUGGUUGAGAUGCACGGCACCGGCACACAGGCUGGGGAUGCGGCCGAAAUUGAAUCCGUCACCCGUGUCUUCAGUCCUUCGGUGCCUCGACGCCUGCAUCCGCUGUAUAUUUCGUCUGUCAAGGCCAAUGUGGGCCACGGGGAGGCCGCGGCUGGCAUUACAGCACUAAUAAAGGCGCUUCUGAUCUUGCAGCAUAAUGCAAUCCCCCGGCAUGUGGGCAUAAAAACAGUGUUGAAUUCCAGAUUCCCGGAUCUUGAGCGACUAAACGUCCGCAUCCCCAUGGAGACAAUCCCUUGGCCGUACCGGUCUGACCGGAAACGACUCAUCAUGGUCAACAACUUCAGCGCGGCGGGAGGGAACACCAGUUUGCUGCUGGAAGAGCCGCCGGUACGGCCAGAUCCUCAUGGACCUCCGCAGACACGAUUCGUCGUGGCUGUAUCCGCAAAGAGCACGAUUUCCCUGCGACGCAACCUCGAAAGACUGAUUACUUGGUUGGAGGGUAACCCAUCUACACAGCUGGCGAGCCUCGCGUACACUACCACCGCCCGCCGCAUACAUCACAAGUGUCGUAUCGCGGUCCAUGGCGCCUCGAUAACCGAGAUCGUCCAAGGGCUGCAUCGGCGCUUGCCUAAUGUGGAGACUCGACGACUAGUGAGCAAACCGCCCUCAGUCGCAUUUGUCUUCUCGGGUCAAGGAAGCUUUUACAUGGGAGUGAGUGGGCAACUCUUCCAAGAGUAUCCCCCAUAUCGGGAGCAAAUCCAGCGCCUGGAUGAGAUCUGCCAACAGAAUGGGUUUGGCUCAAUACUUCCGGCUAUCACAGAUGCUGGCGUCGAUGUCUCUCAAUUAAGUGCGCUGGUGACUCAGCUUGCCACCGUCUGCGUGCAGAUCGCCCUGUGCCGCUUCUGGAGAACGCUCGGACUUAAGCCUGCCGUGGUUGUCGGGGCGAGUCUGGGCGAAUACGCCGCGCUGUAUGCUGCGGGUGUGCUGUCCGCCAGCGACGUGAUAUUCUUGGUUGGGCAGCGUGCUCUGCUUAUGCAGACGCUGUGCACCGCUAACAGCCAUGGAAUGCUAGCUGUCCAGGCAACCGUCGACGACAUUCGUCGCUGCGUGCAAGGUCGAGCAUAUGAAGUCGCGUGUAUUAAUGGGCCCCAAAGCAUUACAAUCACUGCAUCUAUCAAGGACAUUGUAGACAUACAGGAGUCCCUAGGCUCACAAGGGUACCGCACUGCCAAGUUGAAAGUCCCGUUUGCGUUUCACUCCUUGCAGAUGGAGCCCAUCUUAGAUCGAUAUGAAGAAAUCGCGAAGUCGGUCCCUUUCCGAAGUCUCAAGAUCCCAUUUAUUUCGCCCACGUUGGGUGACGUGGCCUUAGAAGGUAGGACCUUAGUCGCCAGUUCAUACCUGCGGGAUAACACACGGGCGCCCGUCCGGUUCGCGGAAGCCCUUGCGAAAGCGCAGGAUAUGGGACUUGCCGGCUCCCAUACAGCAUGGGUGGAAAUUGGAGUCCACCCGACCUACUCGGGUGCCGUGCGCGCCACUGUCGCAGAUCUCGAGGUAAUUGUGCCAAGCUUGCGGUCAGAUGAGACUAACUGGCAUACAUUGGCCAUUAGCAUGUGCACCCUUCAGGAGGCUGGAGUUCCACUGGAGUGGAAUGAGUGGUAUCGACCCUUUGAGUCGGAGGUCCGCCUGCUAAACUUGCCACCCUAUCAGUGGGACCUGAAGAACCACUGGAUCCAGCAUAACGGAGACUGGCUGCUGGUGAAGGAUAAACGGCCCGCAACUGACUCCGUUUCCGCGGCACCGCCAUCCUUGCGCACCGCUUUGGUGCAUCAAAUUCUGGAGGAGUCGUUCUGGGCCGAUGGCGGGGAGAUCAUGGUACAGUCUGACGUGAUGAACAAGGACUUUUUUGCGGUUGCAUCAGGGCACAAAAUGAGUGGGCGCCCGCUUGUCUCAGUGUUCGCCUACACGGACAUUGCUUUCUCACUGGCGAGAUAUAUGUACUCCCGCCUCAAGCCUGAAUCACCACUUCCGGCCAUGGAUUUUGGUCAAGUAAGGGUCUUCCAAGGGCUGAUCCCACGAAAAGAUCAGUCCCAACCACAAUGGGUUCGGAUGCGCAUGCAGGCAGACCUCCAGCGUAUGGCGAUGCAGCUGUCCCUAUAUCACCUCCUGGACGACACCUCACAGACCCCAGAGGAGAAGCUGGCCAGUGGUGUCGUAACAUGCGGUGACAGAGAGAGCUGGCAGGACGAAUGGGCCGGCUACGCCCACCUGGUGACCACCCGGAUCGCCACACUACACCAGAUGGCGGAUCACGGACAAGCGAGCCGGGUAUCGCGGGAUCUGGUGUACACACUCUUCAAAAAUAUCGUGGACUACUCAGAACUCUAUCGCGGUAUCCAGUCGGCGGUGCUGCACGGCCUGGAAGCUGUCGCUGAUGUGAUUCUUGCGCCUAGCCAUGAUGGUAGGUGGACGGCGCCUCCCCACCACAUCGACCCCAUUACCCAUGUUGCGGGACUCGUACUCAACGCCGGUCAUGCGACCGACCAUCACAAUACAAUUUAUGUAAUGGACGGGUGGAAAUCAAUGCGGUUCGCCGAGGAACUGGUCCCGGGAGAGUUGUAUCGAUCCUAUGUAAAGAUGAACCCGGCCCGCAACUGUUCGGGUUUCUUCUUCGGCGAUGUCUACGUUCUGCGUGGGGACCGUGUUAUCGGAAAUGUCCGCGAGAUGACAUUGCGUCCGCUGCCUCGUAUACUGAUGAAUCGCUUCUUCGACCCCCCGGACGGAGAUGACGGGCGGUUGCCUCACCAGGUUCAGCCCCGAGACCUGCCGCAGCUACGGCUUCAACCCAGUGCGACAACAGAGUCAUCAUCUGGGUCCGACCGGAAGGUCUCAGGUAUCGGGUCGCCCACCCCGGAAGUCGACUUGCCAAUAACAGCAUGUGAGCGGAAGGCGAACACUCAGCUGGUCCGUGACGCACUAGCCCUCCUCGCUGCCGAGACUGGAAUGGAACCGGACUGUCUGACAGAUGAAACGGAGUUGUCUGCACUUGGCAUAGAUUCGCUUCUGUCACUCGUCCUGAAGGAAAAGUUCGCGACCGAGCUGCAGGUUGAUAUCCAGAGUUCUUUCUUCCUGGAGUCUCCCACAAUCAGGGAACUGAAGGAGUAUCUCACCGCGUCUUAUUAA